AUGCCAAACGAAAGCGAUCUUAAGCCAGAAAUCAGUCGGGUAGCUCUUAAACUUCCCCAAUUUUGGGAGAAAGAAGCCGAUUUAUGGUUUAUUAAUAUCGAGGCCCAGUUUAAACUCGCCGAUAUAUCGCAAGAUACUACUAAGUAUUACGCAGUGGUUUCAGCUCUCAACUCGGAAGUGUUAGCGUACGUGAGCGAUAUCGUUAAAAACCCUCCUAGGGAAAAUUUAUAUCAAACACUAAAAGAUCGACUCAUAGCAGAAUUUUCCGAUUCCGAACAAAAACGAGUGAAAGAUUUGCUGUCUAAUGCCGUGUUAGGAGAUGAUAAACCAUCUCAUCUUUUACGCAAAAUGCGACAACUAGCUAGUAAUAAAGUCGGGGAGGAAUUUUUAAGAACGCUAUGGAUUCAGCGUUUACCCAAAGAAACUCAGGCAAUUCUUUCUGUUUCCGAUGGGGAUUUAGACAAAUUAGCCCAAAUGACCGAUAAAAUUCUUGAGCUCACACCUUUGCAAAUAGCCGAAACUAAUUUAGCAAGGAACGAAAAUAAUACACACGCGGCCAUAAUGAAGCUCCAACCGCAGGUCGCUGAGUUAACUGAGCAAGUUAAUCGCCUAGCAAUUCCCAGCGACAGACAAUCACGCGAUUAUAGACACCCCCGGAAUCGAUCUCGGAAUCGUCGGCGUUUGCAGACACCUGUUCGACCCCAGGCAAAAGACCUAUGCUUGUAUCACGCGAAGUUUGGUGAUCUAGCAAAUAAAUGUAAGGCUCCUUGCAAAUUCCGAGAUCAGGGAAACUAG